AUCCAGCUCUAUCUCACAAAAAACCACUUCUAUUUCUCACCAACUUUGGUCAAUUCUCCAUCAAAGUUUUAAAUCGCAUGAUCCUUCUCUCUCUCUAUCUUCCUUUAAAUAAAUCCCUUCUUCAAUCACAAUUCCCUUACUUUUCAGCCCAAAGCUCUCUUUUUCUCUCUCUCUUUUCUCUCCAUCAUAUCACCCUGCUGAAAACUUUGCCAUUAUUUCCUUCACAUUUUCAUGGGACGUCUACCUUGCUGCGAAAAGGCUCACACCAACAAGGGCGCUUGGACCAAAGAGGAAGACCAGCGACUCAUUGAAUAUAUUCGCGUUCAUGGCGAAGGCUGCUGGCGUUCUCUCCCUAAGGCUGCUGGGCUGCUUCGAUGCGGAAAGAGUUGCAGAUUGAGGUGGAUAAACUACCUUCGACCUGAUCUCAAACGAGGAAAUUUCACUCCUGAAGAAGAUGAGCUCAUCAUCAAACUCCAUAGCUUGCUCGGAAACAAGUGGUCAAUAAUUGCCGGAAGAUUACCGGGAAGAACGGACAACGAAAUAAAAAACUAUUGGAACACUCACAUCAAGAGGAAACUUAUAAGCCGCGGACUCGACCCUCAAACUCACCGCCCGCUCAAUGAAAACUCGGCGCAUUUGGGCUUCAACUCACCACCCCACUGUAAGACAGAAUCCAACGAAGAAAACAAAUGCAGCAGCAGCGGCUUGACCACCGACGAGGAACAGCAACAACGUCAGCAGCAAAAACAGAGAGAAAAGUAUGAACAAGAAGAGUGUAAUCAGAAGCUGAAUUUGGAGCUUUCCAUUGGCGUUGGUGCGACUCCGUCUGAGUUGAAUCGGGCUUCCGCAAAAUCUGCCGAGUCAAAACCGGUUCAAGUUUGCUACAAUUACCAGUUUCUGGAGGUGAAAGAGAGAGUUUGUUUGUGCUGGCAAUUGGGUUUUCAGAGAAGUGAUGAAUUGUGUAGAAAUUGUAAUCAAAUUUCCGCUGGAUUUUUCAGAUAGCGGAGCCCUUCUUCGGAUUCAAACUUUUAUUUUUUAAUGAAUUAAUUUUUAAGA